CAUAAACAGUCAAAAUGCAUAGAUAGGCCUUAACUGCUCGGGCUAGCUUCGGAAUCCGGGAUUAAGCUGUGAAAUGAGCAACUGCCCGCAACUCCGACAGCGUGACUUUGCCCGCUCGGUGUUGAUAUAUGGGGCUUGACUCCUUAAACCUGCUUAAACUGACGCAAUCAUGGCAGCAACAGGCUUGGAACCACGACUGGGUGAACCCAUAAGCACGCUCCAAAGCCUCCCCCGAGACGUUUACCGCCUUCUGUGGUCUCGCCUCAGUCCCGCCUCGCGUCGCGCUUUCCGGGCAUGUUGUCGCUGGGCACGCGAAUAUGCAAACAGCACAGCGACUGUGAUUACGGCGGGCCCCGCUGCCGAGGAGCUGUUGCCGCACGCGGAGCCUUCCGGUCUUGGGCCCCUCAAAUGCACCGGCGGAUGGUCCAGUGUUCAGAAUGUCACGCUGGCAGCGGGACCCAGAGUUGCAAGCCCUGCGAGCUUGAUUUCAGCGCUGCAGGCGGUGUGCCUCCCGGCGCAGCUGUGCUACCUGACGCUGACCCACAUCGAGGCACUGGACCCGAGCGCCGUCACCGCGCUCGCACGGGGCUGCCCACACCUAACCUCCCUGCGAAUCUACCACCACACCCCAAGUAGCAGCAAAAGCAUUGGCACUUGUAGAACCGCACCGGCAACCAGCAGUGCAUCAACAACUGGUACAACCAGUGCGCAAGGACCUGACGUAGCCGCGGCCGCACCGGGCGGCAACAUAGCGACAGGUGGUGUGCAUGGCCUGGGCGCCCGGCUCUUCGGCCGGCCCCGCACCUCCCUCGCGUCAUCAGGCACAGAUGCCACCAACAGCUCGUGGGGGUGGCGGCUGAGCGGCCUGACGUUUGCCGCGCUAGCCAACUGCCGGCGGCUGCGGGAGCUGGCAGUGCACGAUCACGUGCCACCGGAGGCGCUGCUGCGGCCGCCAGGCUUGCCGCCGGAUGCGCUGCUGUCACUCGGCGCCCUCUCUCAGCUCUCGGCCUUGUCGCUGUCCGGAGCCGCAGCCACAGUGGACCUAGCUUACGUGCUAAGCCGCCUGGUGGGCCUCAGUCGUCUGGAGCUGGGGCUGCUGCCGGCCGUAUGGGAGGCGGGCGGGCUGAGGCGGCGCGAGCCGCGGCCGCUGUCGCUGGCGCGCCUCACAGCCCUCAAGUCGCUGACGCUGCGGCUGCUGCGGCCGCCGCUGGAGUCGGCGCCGAGCAGCUAUUUCGGUGGCACCUGUGGAGGGAGUGGCGCCGGCGGGGAUGGUUACCGGGCGAGUGUGCUGGCGGCGGCGGUGGGAGGCGACGGCGCGGGCGCGACGCUGCCGCCGGAGUUGUUCACUAUGCUGCUGACGACGCCGCCACGGGCCCUGGAGCUGCUGCAGCUGGACCUGCCGCCGCCGCCGCGGCGCUGGCGGCCGCCGCCGGCAGCAACCGCGGGCGGCGCCGCUGCCGGCGCCGGGGCUGGCGCGCCCUUCGCCGCUGCACGGCUGGCGCCGGCGGCGCUACUGUGCAGCCCAGAGCUGCUUGAGGCGCUGCUGCGGGAGGGCUGUCUGUCGCUGCGGCGGCUUGAGGCUCUGCGGCUGGCCGCGUGGCGGCGAUGGGACGGCGACGCCACGGGAGCGCGUGGUGGCGGCGGCGGCCUGGGCAGGCGGCCGCCAGGGCCUGUGGGAGGGGCGGUGAAGGUUUACGGCGCAAGCCGGCACCUGCCGGAGGUGCUCUGCCGCUGGGCGCUGCGACGCGUGGUGGUGCAGCAACAGAAGCUGCUGCAGGCGCAGCGCCCGGUGGAUGCAGUGGCUGAGCUGAGAGGCGCGCACCCGCCGGCUGCUGCCGUGGGGCCGGGGCUGCCUGGCGCGGGCGCCCACGGGCGUCCAGGCAUCGCGCCGGGCGGUGGGGCGGUUGCGGCAGCUGCUGCUGCAGCCGCGGCGGCGGCGAUGGGCGUGCCGGAGCAGGUGGUGCCGGAGCAGGUCCUGGCGAUGGUGGAGACUGGGGAGGAGGGCAUUGCGCGACUCGCGGAGGCGGCGGGCGCGGCGGAGGAGGUGGGGCUGGCGCAGCUGCCGCGCGGCGGGCGCAUGAGCGUGCACGUGGCCAUUGCGGAGGACGAGCUGGACAUGGAGAACCUGUCGGUGUGGUGGGACCUCAAACUGAUGGGCGGCGGCCGGCAGCAUGUGGGUCCGAUAAACGGCCACAUCCAGCGCCUCAUGCGAGCCAAGUGUUACGACUCGCUCUCCGCCCUUCCCCGCCUGGAGCUGGACCUACGGGUGGUUCCACCCGACUCCGAGCUGCGGCUAGCGGCGCCCUGGCGCCCACCCGCAGCCUCCCGUCUCUGUCUGCUCGUGCGCGCCGGCAUACGCCGGUCGCCCUUCUCCAAUGAGGCCGCCGCCGAGGAGGCCGUGCAGCAGCCGGCGGCCCUGCUGCAAGCCGGAGGUGCAGCAGCCGCUCAGGCGCUGCAGGCGGGCGCGACGCCGGCAGACGCCGCCGCCAUUGCCCGGCACGUGGCGACCAUGCUGCGCAUGGGCGGCCCGGCGGCGCUGCACGGCGGCGGCGCGGGCCUGGCGGCGGCUUACGUAGCGGCGGCGCGCGCCGCCACCGCCGUAACGCCUGCGACAGCCGACCGGGCGCUACAGCACUGGGGCGACGCCGAGCUCACGUGCGCCGCGGCGGAUCACGAAGACGUGGACGCGCCAACCGCCGCGCUGCUGAGGUGGCUGCCGUACCAACUGCCGGAUCUGUACGGGCUGAGCCUGCCGUACGACGCGGUUGGUGGGCGGGGCCUGGCGCUGCUGGGUGCGGGACUGACGCGGCUGUGCAAGCUGAGCCUGGGCCAUGUGGCGCUGCGGAGCGGGCAGCACGGAGUGCUGGAGCCUCUUGGCCGGAUGCCGUGUCUGGCGGUGCUGCGCUUCGGCCGCAUCACCGUGCGGCCCUCGCCGCCGGACUGCGGCGGGCGCGCCCGCACCCGCCGGCAGCCGGGCCGACGGCUCACGUCCUCCACAGACUCGGAGGACUCGGCCGCGGAGGAGGUGCAGGCUGAGGAGGCGCUGCUGCUGUCGCCGCGGUCUCGCCUGCAGCAGCCGCUUGCGGAGGCUGAGGCGGCCGCGGUGGUCCUGCGGGAGCUCGCCGCCUGCUGCCGCGCCUUCGGUGCAGUCCGCGCCAUCCGCGCUGGCGCCGUGGCGCGAUCAGACGCCUCGGGGCCUGCAGCUGGUGCUGAUGGCGGCGGCGGUGGCGGUGGUGGAGGUGGAGGUGGAGGCGGUGGUGGUGGCGGCAGCUUCUCGCCGUCGCCGCUGCUGCCUGCCGAGGUGCUGGUGGUGCCGCCGGAGCGGCCCUUCAUCAGCUACGACGCGGCCGUUCAGCUGAACCGGGAGCUGGAGUCGAAAGCGAUAGCGGUGGGGGUGGAUGACGUGGCCGGUGCAUCUGGCGCUACUGUUAGCCGCGGCUGUCUCCGCGCGGCGCUGAGCUUGUUUGAGCGCGGCCUCAGCAGCUGAUGCCAGCUCUGAUGGUAGGACCCACUGGUCGGCAGGCACUGGGUGGUCUGGAAGACCGUGUGCUUUCUGGUCACUGCAAGAGCGAGACCAAGAGUAGACCUGGCUUGUGGCGCCGGGCAUGGUACUCCACCUGUCUCACAACCGUGCCAUGUGUUAACUCUGCCGCUCUUUCCUGUCUAUUCAUGGGCACGAGACACAGUGCUUACAUCCGCGCGUGUAGCUCUGAUGGCGGUCGAAUGGCGCAGCCAAAUACAUUACCACCAUUUAACAGAGAGUGGAGUGUGGGCCGGACGGGACUGGGUCAUUAGUUCAUGUGUAGCCCUCACAUGACUGCGUUUUCCACAGUUGUUUGCCGCCAGCAAUGGGAGCUGGCAUGUGACGCCGCCACCACGUAGCGCAUCGCUAACUACAGUGCCCUCCAUGGGCGCGACAUGCCCCCGUGGUAGGCCAUCCGUGGCUCCCGCCAACGCGGCGUCCCCACACGCGAACAAUGUGUUGAGCUUGCACCUAGGACAGACGACCAUCCUUUCUGGUAGUCCCAAGCAACGCCCGGCCGCCGUCGUCCAGCCCAGCCAUCCCAAUACAGCAGCCGCUUUCUGUCAGCCAGCCAUGGGCGCGACCGUCCACAGCGUUUACCGUCGGUUACGAGGUAACAUGUGAAUUCGCAACUUGCGCUACUGACUGCCUACUCUCGUGCCACCUGCAAGCCCACUCCGCCGUCCGCUCUGGUCUACGUACGCAUUCGUUCCCACCACACUCGUCAUGACCACUCAGGACGGUGUAAGAGGGCCAGCGCUAAUACAGGAUCAACCCAUCUAGCUCCUCACAUCACGGACCUAGGCCGGACGGCUGUGGGAGGACAGGAUCAAACUUUCCUCCAGACUCCAAAUGCGGUUGACUUGCCGCCAACCUACUUCUACUGCUAAUGCUACGCAUCGGCCGCGCGUAGCUCCUAACGGCGUUCCCCUGCUUCUCCCGGCCGGUCGGCCUAAGUAGUGGCUAGUGCUUUCGUGGAUGCCAUUCCACUACUUGCCAUUCCACUAAUGCUAGCUAAG